AUGGAUGACGUCACCUGGCAGCAGCUGCUGCGCAGCUGCGCAGAAGAGCUGGGGGAUGACGUGGCGGAGCCACCUGAGAGUUUCGAGCUCUGCGUCUUGGCCAAGGUCGCCGCGAAGCGCUUCAACUUGCCCAAGAGGACGUUGGAGUCGCAGCUCCUGGGGGCCCAAAGCCUCCAGCAGAGCCGUGUUUUGCUGCAGCAGGUGCUGCCCGCGCUGCCCACGGCGGAGCUGCAGCAGCUGCUGCGGAGCACGUCGCGGUCGCGGCGGUUGCGCUCGCGGCGGCUGUCACGGGCGCGAGAGUUGCUGCAGCAGCUGGGCCCAGAACGCUGCCGCUCUCCGUGGGGCGCUCCCUUCUGCCGCCAGCUGCGAACCGAGGCGGCGGACCUGCGGGCUGAAGCGGCAGAAGCGGCGGAGCUGCCGGAAAGGUUCACAGGUCUGCAAGCUCCCGUCACGCUGGGCCCUCCAGCCUUCUUUCCGGUGGGCAACGCCGCGGGUCGUUUCGCACCCCUCACGGCUGGCCUUGACUUGUCGGACGUGUCGGACCCGCGGGACGUUGCGCUGCUCUUCGUGGGGCUCAGCGAUCCACGGCACCUCUUUGCAGCGCUGCUGCACGGCGCUUUGGCGGUGAAACGCUGGCGAUGUGCGAUGAAUGAUCUGAACGCUGAAACUUCUGCGCGAAAUGCGUUGAUCCUUCAGCUGCUGGUGGAUUCGAGCGAAGCCUUGAGCCGUCGCAUUUGGACGAUCUUCGCCCUUUGGUGGUUCCACGAACUUCCGCUGGACGCCUUGCCCUUGCUGCGUGCUGCUGCGGCGGCAGCCUUGCCGCGGUGCUGCAGCGCCACUGGUGCAGUGCUGGAGAUGUGGAGCGAGCAGUGGCGGGCAGCGACAGGUGAGCAAGCGUUUGAGGGUAGCGAGAUGGAAGAAGUCCUGGGAUCGGUGCAGUUCGAUUUGCCUCCAGGUUUUUCGGAGACUGGUUGGUUGAAGCAACCCGUGACCUGCAACGCGACGUUGCGCCAUUCCUCGGCGCGGCUGCAGUACCAGCUGCACCGGGGCCUCGACGCAGGGAGCGACGGAUGGCAGCUCUGUAGCGAUGGGGUGCUGCUGUGGCCUGAGGAGAUGCUGGAGCCGGAGGGACUGGCCACCAGGGAGGCAUACCUCGGUGCCUUGGCCAAGCUCUUCCCGCCUUUCGCCGCGAAACUGUUGCAGCUACACCAGCAGCUGCGCGAAAGCUCCCUGGAGUGGUCCUGCGUGGCAGGGGACUGCCUGGUGAUAGCCCGGCAGCUGGAAGCGUCGGGUCCCUUCCACCGCAUCUUCACCUCCAAUGUGGCGGACCACGUGGGCCUCCCGGGUCUCGUUUUGGCCCUGGCGCCGCUGCUGGUCCCGGGCGGAAAGCUGAGCUGUUCGUUGAACAACAACCUCAAGGCCUUGGAUUUCAACGGUGACGUCGUUUCGCUGGUACCAAAGUUGUACGGCAUCGACCUCCAAACUUUCGCGCAGCACAUGGGCGUGACGUGUGAAAAAGUGGAAGGAGCGCAGGAUCAGUUGUGGAUCACCCGCAGUUCAUCUGAGAUGCUUCCCGCUGACGGCACCGCCUUGGCGUCCUGGAUUUUGCACAGCACCUCGCAGCUCCACCGUUGCCCAGCGCCGGACCCGGAGACCUUGCGCCGCCGCGGCGCAUCGGGCGAAACUUGGGGCAUGGCGCAACGCUUCGCGCGGCGCUUCACGUGCUCCAAGGUCACGGUUCCCGUCCUGGCCGCCCUGCUCCGCCGCCUCCACACCCUGGAUGCACCGCGGGCAAAUGAGCUCCUGGGGCAGCUGAAGGGCGCGGCGCCUUCGGCGCAGAUGCGGCUGGCGCAAUGUUUACCAGAUCUCCACCCUCUUCGCACCUGGACCUUGGUGCGUUUCCAGCUGCCCUCCACGGAUCUGCCGCGUUGGGCCUGGCGGAGCCACCCCACCGUGCUGCUGCUGUGGCUGCGCCCCGAGGCCUUCGCGGCCGCGACGGGGUGCCCCCUGCAGCCGCAGGAGCCGAAGUGGCACCGCUGCAACACGCCGAAGCAGCUGAAGUUCGUGGAAGGAGGAGUUUGGGGCCAGUUGAAAUGGGCCCUGGAGAGACCGGGUGACGAAGUACAGGUGAUCGACGGCUUCGACCUGAAUCUGCUGGAGAGCGGUGACUUGGAAGCGACGUUCGCCCUGGACUCCUCGGAAGUCGCCUUCGGUGUGGCUGGCGCGGCGUUCCUGUUGAGCGUGGUGGACAAUGUCAUUGUGUCCGGACCCCAUGAGCCCAAAGCAGAAGAGUUCGGCAGAGCCGGGGCAGAUAUCUCAGACUCCGAAUUCCUGCGGGUCACGGAAAUUCUGAAGAUUGACACGGAAUUUGUGCGCAAAGUUUUUCAGAGAUGUGCUGGAGCAUCACAUAGUACCAUGGACAAACUCUGGCUUGGCUAUGAGCAGUUUGAGAAAUCUCAGGGCAACCCUGCGAUGGCUGCCAAGUACAUGUCGGAACAUAUGCCGCGCUAUGUGCGGGGCAAGGCGGCUUACAAGGAGUUGAGCCAGCUCGGAAACAACAUGGAUUUCUAUGCCGUGGCUGUGCCAAUAACUCCCAAGACGCAGCUGGAGCAGAAGAAGCUGUUUGACCAGUGGCGUGCCAUGUUGCGCUUCGAACGCACCAAUCCCUUGCAACUGGAGGGGGAAGAGCUCACGGCACGAGUGGCGCUGGUGUAUCAGCAGGCAUCGCUGGCGUGCGGCUUCGCUCCGGAUCUUUGGUACGACUUCUCGGCGUGGUUGGACCUAGGGGGAAAGCAAGAGGAAGCAACGGAGGUGCUCCGGAAGGCAGUGCAACGAUUCCUGCCCAAGGAUCUGACGCUGCGGCUCCUUCUGGCGCAACGCUACGAGCUGGGCGAAUCCCCGUUGCCCACGGGGCAAUUGGAGGCGGCCGACGAAGCCUAUCGGAAGUUGAUGGAAGAUAUGCCAAAGCCCUGUCCGUUGGCCUUGAUCAACUUCCUGGGCUAUGUCCGUCGCCAGCGCGGCGCCAACGACUUCCGCGACAGCUUCCUGGAAGCCAGCGAGUCGUCGCCGCACUGCACCUGGGAGGUCUAUGUUUUUGCAGCGAUGACGGAGUACCACGUCUACGGGGCCAUGGAGGCGGCGGCAGGCGUCUUCCGACUGGGCCUGGAACGAUAUGGAGACAGGGAGCCGUCCAUGCUGGCGGCCUAUGUGAACUUCCUCAUAGGCUGCAAUGAUUUGCGCAGCGCGCGUGCGGAACUGACGCAAGGGGUGCUGGAGAAACUGCAGCAGGCGGUGCGCGACAAGCUGGCGAAUCGUGAGGAGAGCCGCGCGAUGCGCGAGAGCCUGGCGUUUUUGUGGCAGAAAUGGGCCAGGCUGGAGAAUUACUUUGGCGACGCCGAAGCGGUGCGUCGGGCCACGUCUUUUCGGGAUUCGGAAUAUCGCAACUUGCAGAGAGACCUGGAGGUGGAUUAG